AUGCUUCACGAUGUCGUCACGUCAUCUAAUGAAAAACCUGUUAUGCGUUUCGCCAAAGUACGAGUGUCGACUGAUUCUUCGAAUAGUUGGAUUGUCCGGAAUGAACACGAAGGUUUCAUUAUCGAUUGUGGCUGUUACUGGGAACAUGGAGAAAUUCUUGCUCGAAAAUGGCGUGAAAACUUUCCCAACGAUAAAUUACCAGCCUUUAUUUUCCUCACACAUACACAUUCCGAUAAUAUUCUUGGACUCCCUAGUUUAUUAAAUGAAUUGAACGUCACUCAAAUACCUGUCUACGUUAGUAGUGUGGGUGCCUUGAAUGAAAUGAACUAUUGGUUGGAGAUUUGGCAAGACAUUAAUCCGUUUGAAUCAUCAACGUUGCUAGAUAAACGGCAAUCACCAAACCAAUUCCGUUAUAAUGAGCAUAUUAAAGUACUUGAUCAUCCAUUGACUAUGUUCGGUGAUGAAAAGAUACAUAUUAUUUCAAAUUUUCCAGCUGCAGAAUCGAUUCAUUCAUCGAUGAUCUACAUUUCUACAACACUUACUCUGAUUCGGACAAUCAUGUAUGUAACUGGAUUGGAGUUUUACAAAGUUUAA